UAUACCCCAACAUAACACCCAUUUCACCCAAGAAAACUCGAAACAACAACAAUGGCAGCAGCUAUAGCCGUUCUAAACCUCUCGAGCCCUAGGGUCUCAGCCAAGGCAGCAGACACACCAAAGAGCGCCCAGACCAUCAAGCUCCCCUGGCUCGGCCACCCUUGGAAGAGGUCGACCCAGUUCGGAGCGGGUCGCAUGCACGUCCGACCUGUGGCUGCAGCCCCAGAUAAGAUAUCGGAAAAGGUGGCGGACAGCAUCAAGGUUGCAGAGGAGGCGUGCGCGGGCGAUCCAGCAAGCGGGGAGUGCGUUGCGGCAUGGGACGAGGUGGAGGAGCUGAGCGCGGCGGCUAGCCAUGCACGGGAAAGGAAGAAAGAGGCAGACCCCCUGGAGACUUACUGCAAGGACAACCCGGAGACGGACGAGUGCCGCACCUAUGAAGACUGAAUACUGAUCAACUGGUUAUUUUAGCUAGUAACGAUCGAUGAUUUUUAUUAGAUGUUUGGAUUUUAUAUAUUAUUAUUAUUGUUAUUUAUGGACGGAUGUGGAUUAAUAUUUAUGAUGAUCAUGAAUCUUAUCAUCUGUUGCUUUUCUUUACCA